GUUGGACUCCAUUCAGCUUUACUUGUCCUCCAAUGGUAAAAAAUUUGAGGAAUGAAGUCUUCAAAAGCCAAUUUUUUCUCGUCAAGACUUCUUGGGAUGAUACCACAAUUUGCCGCGUCGCACAUACCUUCGCACCACUAAAGAACCCAAACAAUCUUACGGAGUAUACCCAAGAUCAUUAAUGCUUCAACUCCCAAACAUCGACGACGAAACAGAGGCCUUCUUCUCACAUCUCCGUGGGUUGGGAAACGGAGAGGAGGAUGAAGAUUUGGCCCUUGUCGAUGAUUUUGCCAUGGGUAUCAAGUUCCAUACUCCUUCACUUUAUUCGUUCUCGGAUAGCGAUUCUAUAUACAACCCUGUCAUUAACAACCUCGUGCAACUUCUUCUCCGUGUAAUACCCAGCUCAUCACAGCCAUAUGUGGACUUGUUAGACAGACUUCUUGCCCCGUUGGGUUUUGAGGAGAUUUGCGUGUACAUCUCCAAGGAGACAAUUUUAGAAUGCCUGAAAGACCCCAAGACUCAGGCUUUUACUUUGGGAAUUCUCAAAAGAAGACUUUCAAAAGAUGAAGCUGUGCUACGCUUUAUUUCUGGGACGGAUCUCAUUUAUGGUCUUGCUGAAGACUUUAUUGUUAAGGACGAUACGGAAUUUGCUGUUUCUUCCUACAUUUGUGAUUUGAUUCAGGAAACCACACAUGCAAACUCUAGUGUUCUUUCGGCAGAGAAAUUCAAAUUUCUAGCCAAUAUUUCGGAGACUGAGCUACCCUCUGAGAUGUACAUCUGUAAGCACUUUAUGUUGUUGGAGGCUCUCGUUUCUAUCGAUUUUUCAAAUCAGCCGUGGGGCGCAGAAUUAUUCUCUGUCAAAUUUCAAAGUGUGCUAAAUUUCGACAAUCAAGUGUGUUCUAGAAGCUGUCUUCUGCUUAUGGCCUCAACAUACUCGAAGUGGAUUGGCAGAGUGCCGUUUUCAUGGUUAAAAGAAUUUAUUUCCGACCUCUUUGAAUAUGUACUAUCAAACCACCCCAGUCCAACAACCAAACAAGAUUUCGCCAAUGAGUUUUUAUCUUCAUAUCAGGAUAUUUUCACUCAUCUUCUCAAUAGCAAGGGCGAGUCGUUAAAAUUUGGCCUCGAGGUUUUAUCUCGUCCAGGCGUGGACAUAAUUGAUGAAAAUGAACCAACGAGCUACCAGUUUUUCUCUCGGAUUAAUCUCAAUAACAUUGCUGGUAAGGAAGAUAUGUUUUUGAAGCAUUUUAGUGAUUUGGAUAUCCGGUCAGGCAGCGCAUUUGUCACCGGUUGUAUUACUGCGCUCAUAAAGGAUGAAUGCUUUUUCAAUCUACUAGUUGAAAAGAAUAUGCUCACAGUGGAGAAUGUUAAAGACUGGCAGAAAGAAUUUCUUUUUGAAUUUAUGAAGGUGAUGGUUUUUUCCGACUAUUCUGCUCAAUAUUUGCUAGCGGAACUCUCGUACCUUGUUCUGACAUACCUUCUCACAGUGGAUCGUACAAUGACAAAUAGGGAUAUUUGGAAUUCUAAAAAAGAAACCAUACGACAACUUCUUUUGCAUCGAAAUGUUGAUUUGGGAUCUUGGAAAAGUGGGUUGUCGCGUUGUCUUUACGAAAUGGAAAAUGGCCGUAGGUUGGCAAACCUUGAGCCGCAAGUUGAGGUCACGAGUGAAGUACUUUAAUAUCACCUAAUCAAGUAUUAAGAAAUAAUUCCGGAGACUUUGUCACAAGUUGGUAGUGUGAAUUUAAAUUAGAAAUUUUUCGGUUCUUAACCAAGUGAAAAUGCGAACAGUUAAGGGAUAUCUUAUGAAAGCCAUUCAUAUUCUCAAACUCACGGUAGUAAAAUAGCCAGCCCCCCUUUAAAUGCUCUACACGUACAAUAUACAAUAUAUCAGAAUCC